UUUUCUCUCCUUACGAGUUGUGCGUGGAACAACUCGUGCAGAGCUAGCCAAGAGUCUUCUAGCACCAGGAAAGAUCCCUGACCUCUGAUCAGUAUCGCCACUGAAAGCUUGGACUUUAGAACGUAUGAAAGGGGGUUUGUGGACGCAGAGCUGUAAAGGAAAUAGAGAGACGAGCUCGAACAGAAGAGUUUUAACCACUGCGCUGGGAUGGAAUAUCUAGCCAUUUCUGUAUUAUUGUUGCUGAUCAUUGUGCUUUUAAGCGAGGCAGCAAGGAGGACAACUUUGAAAUUCUUCGCCCGGAAAGAUUAUGCCGUCUAUCUGCUUGAAAUAAUUUCAACAUUUCAGCUAUGUGCCUGCACACAUGAACUCAAACUCCUCGGCGAAGUGGGCCAAAUUGAGCCACAGAUAGGAUUGACUCUAACGUACACAACUACGGUGGUCCACGCGCUAACAUUUCGUGGAGCUCUUUGCAAUCCAUCCGGUGCCCUCGAGCACAUUUACCGUGGAAACCUCACCGGCAAGAGAGCUUUGGCACGGAUCGCUUGCCAAUUUAUUGCGGCAGUGGUUGCACGUUUGGUGAUAUUAGAAGUCUGGGCUCUGGAGCUCUCCGACUUGCACCUCAAGCACAAAUCACUGGGAUUUAAAUGCACAAGUCCAAUUCACACUGUCCUACCGAAAGCAGUUGCUGUGGAAUUGGCUUGCGCGUUCGCAGUGCAAACAGCUGUCACUCACUUGAACCGACUGGACGAAAAAUACAGAGCUCUUUUCGUUGCCGCUGUGGUCACAUUCUUGGUUUAUGCAGGAGGCAGCUUUACUGGAGCCGUGUUCAAUCCAGUUCUGGCGUUCUCCAUCCAGUUCCCCUGUAGCGGGAACACAUUUCUGGAGUAUUCCCUUGUGUACGGCGUGGGACCCGUUUUGGGUGUUGCCUUCUCCGUGCUGCUCUUCGACAAAAUCAUCCCACUGUUGUCUGGGAAAAGUACAUAUGAGAGGGGUGCAGACAUUGCUGGCAUCAAGGAUAAGAUGGCAUGAAAGCUGUAUUACUUCCAGCACUCAAGCAGUGCUUUGGAGCUGGUGCAUUCACGAGUCAAUGCUGUUCUAUUUUGACCCUUUGCCAACAAUGUGUUAAGUUCUUAGGCGCCUCAUGGACUUGACUUGUAACUCCCUCACUCACUUUUAGCCGGCUGAAGAUUCUCGAGAAGGGGGAGCUAUUAACCCUCACGUUGCUUCACAUCAACGACACUGCGUGCCCUUAUAUGUUGAUAAAAUGUUGGUAGAAUGUUAUGUCAUCUGAGAAUAAUAAUGCUGUGUAGUAGCUGUGAAACACUUGAAACACCUUGAAGGACUGAAGGGCAAUACUUACAUGAGCACUAUGUUUACAUGUCUGGCAGCCCAGAUGCAUCUUUAUUAUGUUCAGUCCCACAGAACAAAGUUUCAAAGGCCUGUCAGUGACAAGUUUUAACAGGGGGGAGCGUUCUCAUCUUCUGUAGUAGGAGGUAAAUUGUGCUGGACCAAUAACUUACAUACAAUAACACUGAAACUAGUGUCCAGUUAACUAAUGUGGCCUGUUCCAAUAGAAGGAAAUGACUACCUGACCAAGUCAUAUGUCAGAGGAAUGUAUUUAUUUUAUUUUUUGAAAGAUAUGGAGAAAAGUACCUUAUGCCAAACAGUCACUUUGAAAAAGAGUUUAAAUAUUUACAAAAUAUUUUGUAUUUAGCCAACUUUACAGGAAUGUGCUCAGAUGCAUUUAUGCCAUUUAAUUUUUACUGUAGGCAGCAACUUCAAAUAUCCAUUUUAUUCUCUGCUCAA